AAAAAUUUAGAAAGUUCAAACCGUUAACUUUGGCCUUGAUAACAUUGAUGUGACUUUAAAAAAAAUACUGAGGUGAAUUUGCUGGAUUGCCAAAAUUUGGCAAUGGCUCUAAAUAGUAUUAUUUUGAAAUGAAUUUCUCUUUUAAGCAUUAUUUAUACUCAACUUUGCUCACUUGGCCCUUCUCAUCAUCCCAUACAGUAUCUAACUUCAUAUGAGUGCCAGAUGUCAAAAACCCAUUGCAUUCUCUCCCUCUUACAUGGAUGCAACAGCCUGAAAAUGUUGCAGAAAAUCCAUGCUCAGGUCAUCGUUAACGGAUACCAAAACUAUCCCUCCAUUUCAAACUCACUCCUCAACUUGACUGCUGUUUCUCUCUCAGCCUCUUUAUCCUACGCUCAACAAAUCUUCCAUCAAAUACAAAACCCACAACCCCAAGCUUGGAAUUGUAUGAUCAGAGGCUUUUCUCAGAGCCCAAAUCCUCUCGAAGCCAUUCUAUACUACAAUGACAUGGUCUCUUCUUCCCAUUCUCGCCCCAACAGUGUCACUUUCUCGUUCUUGCUCAAAGCCUGUGAGAGAGUUAAGGCCGAAAUCAAAUGCAGAGAGGUUCAUGGGUCGAUUAUUCGAUUUGGGUAUGAUUUGGACAUUGUUGUUUGUACCAAUCUCAUUAGAUUGUAUGCAGUAAAUGGUUUGAUUGGACUUGCGCAGAAACUUUUCGAUGAAAUGCCCGAAAGAGACUUGGUGUCUUGGAAUUCUUUGAUUUCGUGCUACUCCCAGGCAGGUUUGCACUAUGAGGCGUUGAAGAUAUAUGAUAGAAUGAGAAAUUUGAAUGUGGGUUUUGAUGCGUUUAGCCUCGUUAGCUUGCUUUCGUCUUGUGCUCAUGUGGGUGCGUUGAGUAUUGGUGUUCAAAUGCAUAGAUUGGCCAGUGACAAUGGGUUCUUGGACAAUGUUUUUGUUGGGAAUGCUCUUGUAGAUAUGUAUGCUAAAUGUGGAAGCUUGGAUGGUGCUUUUAGUGUCUUCAAUGGGAUGCAAACGCGAGAUGUGUUUACUUGGAACUCGAUGAUCGUUGGGUAUGGAGCGCAUGGUUGCGGAGAUCAUGCAAUAUCAUUCUUCAAUCAAAUGUUGGUGGCAGGAGUCAAGCCAGAUUCAAUCACAUUUCUUGGUUUGUUGUGUGGUUGUAGUCACCUCGGUCUAGUUGAGGAGGGUGUUGAGUAUUUCCACAUGAUGAGCUGCAAAUUCAAUUUGAAGCCUGAAAUUAAGCAUUAUGGAUGCAUAGUGGAUCUGUUUGGACGAGCCGGAAAGCUUGAAAGGGCACUUGAAAUUAUUGAGAGUUCUCCAUUCUCGAAUGAUCCAAUCCUAUGGAGAACUUUGUUAGGUUCCUGCAAGAUUCAUAAAGAUGUAGAAAAAGGAGAAAUUGCGAUGAGAAACCUUGUUCAGAUUGGGACACUGAGUGCCGGAGACUGCAUACUUCUUGCUGGAAUAUAUGCUGAAGCCAAAGACUCACAAGGUGUUGCAAGGAUGAGAAAAAUGAUUAGAAGCCAAGGCAUAAAGACCAGCCAGGGCUGGAGUUCGAUUGAAGUUGGUGAAAGAGUUCAUAGAUUUGUUGUGGAUGACUAUUCACAUCCUGAUUCAAAAGAAAUCUAUCACAAGUUGGAGGAAGUAAUUAAUAAGGCCACCUUGGUUGGUUAUGUGAGAGAUUCAAUGACGGCAAUUCCUGAAUCUACUGCAGGAAAGUGUAUGGAAAAUUUUGAUUCUUUUCAUAGUGAGAAGUUGGCAAUUGCUUUUGGAUUGGCAAGAAUGCCACAAGGAGUGAGUCUUCGGAUUGUUAAGAACUUGAGAGUUUGUAAAGAUUGCCAUACAUUCACCAAGUUCGUCUCCAAAGCAUAUGAUAGAGAGAUAAUUGUCAGGGACAGAGUUCGAUUUCAUCACUUCAAGAACGGAUUAUGUUCCUGCAAAGACUAUUGGUGAAAACUCGUAAAUGACAAUGAUGA